CGCCUGUCUAUUUCUCUACUUGCCCAACCCUCUUUUCCUACAUUUCCUCGCAUCCUUUUUUUUUACUUCACUUCCAGACUUGCGCUUCCACAAAUGAGCGAGUAUGUGCAGGGCGUCAGGCUCACGUUUGAGCUCCCGUUUGAGCUUCCCACACCGGUGGCCUUUCCCUUCGAGUCUAUCGGGGACUUUAAGCCGCCGAACCAAAUUCCAAAGUACGAUUUCUCCCUGGAGAAGAAGAUUAUGAAAGACAUUGCCAAGCAAAAGCAGGAGGACCAGUACCAGCAGCUGAAGCAGGCGCAGCAACAGUUGAACAUGGUUGACCUGAUAGCGUCGCGCAAGAGCCGCCACAAGGGCAAAGAGGCCGACCUUGGCGACGUCACGCCGCUAUCCAAGCCCAGCAGUGAGACGGGCGGCGCGCGGAUCGGGGAAAGCUCGAGCAGCGCGCAGAAGCGGCCUGUGACGCUAGUGGGUACAGAACAGCCCGCAGAACCACCCGCAGCGGCAUUUGCAGCGUCGCAACCGACCGAACGGCCGCAUUCUGCAGAGCCUCAGCUGGCAGCACCGCAACAGCAGCAGCUGCAGAAUGCGAGCUCGCCAAAUGUGUUCUCACAGCGGGUGCAGAACACGCAGCCGUAUUCGGCGGUUGCCUCUCCGCAGAGCACAGGCAGCGGGCAGAUGGCCACGCAGUACGGGCCGGCGAACCAGCACUAUGUGCAGCAGCCUAUCUUCGGGUCGCCAAAUAUACCUCAGCAGUACGUGCCGGUGGGAAUCAGCGCUGCCAGCACCGCCUCCACUGUGUUUUCGGGGCAGGGCGCAGCCGCUGGGUCGUCAGCGCAGCCCAUGCCGGCCAUGGGUGCAGCCCAGCCGCCGCUGGUCAACCUGGCCAGCAUCCAGCCACAGCCACCGCAGCCAAUCCCACAGCGCCUGAACAUGCCCGCGCCCGACUCCGCAUACACGCCAUUUUCGGCCUCAUUCGGCUCCCUGCCCAGCCGCUCAGAAGUGUCGCCAGUAACGCCUGCCCGGCCCGUCCUGCCACCCAAGCCCGUCGAGUGGCAGCCAAGCACUACAUCCCAGCCGAUCCAGCCCGGCGAAGCCAGUGGCGCUAGUCGCAUAUCUGCCCAGCCGCCAAUGCCCCCGCGUCGGCCGCAGCAGGACCCGCAGGCGCCGGCGCUGCCGCCAAAGCCCUUCCCGGCAUUCAGCGAAUAUGACUUUGCGCCGGAUGUGCCCGAGCAACCGGCAGCCGCGUCAUCGUCGGGCCAGGGCGGCCACGUCGAGCAAUUGCGGACUCUGAUGAACAUGGGUUUCAGCGAGCCCCAGGCCAUCCAGGCGCUGGAGAUGUACGACUACGAUGUAAACAAGGCCAGCAACUACUUGAUUGACAAUGCGUUUUGAGAAAAGUGGAUGUUAUUUUUAGACAACAAAAAACCUAUCCUUUGUGCGCUUUGUUGUGGAGCUUAGCACCAGAGCGGGUCGUCGACCGAGCUGCUGUGCGGAGAGCGUGGUGCUGCCUGCCCGUUGGUGGCGAUUACUUGGCCGUAGGUUUCGUAUGAAGGGCCGUCAAGCACUGCUGACUUUUGAAAGCCCAUAUGUGAAGAGAGGUGUGCGGGUGUGC